CACAAAACGUGACCAUCAGCCUCACCACAUCCAUGCCCUUGCUUGACUAUACUAGCGACGAUGACAGCGAUGCUGAAGUAAAAGUACAGGCUCCAUCCGAGCCCAUUUCUGAGCCAGGGCCAGGGAAAUCUCCCGACAGUGAGACUAACAAGGGUCUCGCCAAAGGAGGGCCAAGGUCAAAUCGGCGACGUGACGGCCCUGUAAAGAUCAAAGUGGACCUUCUGAAGGCUGUUGACUCGGAAGACGCAUCGCAUACUACCCCUCAUAAGAAGCUGAGAGCAGAUGUCAAUCCGCUCUUACGAAACAGAGGUGCUGGAGCAUCCUCGCUGCUCUCAAUGCUUCCUACCCCCAAGAAAAUGGCUAUUGACCACCAAAAGCCUACUGAGGCCCGGGGAAGGGGAAUGAAAGAAUCUAGUAGCCAAAUUAGUGCAGAAUUGAUAGACAAUGACACAUUCCUCGAGAUACCAAAUCCCAAAAUGAUUGAAGCUCAAAACGCUGCGCCUUCUGGAUUGUUCAUCCCACCCUCCAUAUCCCGUUUGAAGCCUCAGCCCUCCACGUACCCAUUACAUGAGUUGUUGCCUAAACCCAAAACCACUCCCCCAUCAAAACUCGAUCCAACAAAUUUCUUUUCACUUGGGUCAGUAACGGCCUCCUCGACUACGUUAUCCUCGGAGACGACACCCUUGGUCCCGGUCUCCACCUCUUCCGCUCCCGUGGUUAAAGAAUUUAUCCCCCCAGAGCCUAGUUCCACUGACCCAUACCUGGGAUACUACCAGAAGCCAUCUGGAGAGUGGGCCGCUUAUGAUCCAGCAUAUUACAAAACAUUCUGGGAACGGUGGCAACGCGAAGCAUACGGAAACCCUGAUGAUCCAAGCAGCAAGGGAAAAAGAAAGGACAGAGAGUGGGAGACAGGCGAUGGACAGAUAAUUGAGGUGGAUGCGGGAGAGGAAGCUAAGAGAGGACAAAUUGCUGAGAGGGAGACAAGGAAAAACCUGACUGGCAGCGCGGCUGCGUUAGCUGCCGUACAUGGAGAUGCAAAGCCAAGAAUGAAUAUUCAAGCGAAGUCUCAUGGGCGGGCUCGCCAAAGGGGUCAAUUAUCGUCGUUACUUGUGGAAGCCUACGAGAAUCGUGCUGCGAUCGAGGAGAAACUUGCUGAGGCGAGAAGGAAUAAGAAAGAAGCAGGAAAUAAAUACGGAUUCUGAUAUUGUCGGUGCUCCGUGUAUGGUUGUAUUUUAAAGUACAUUACAUUUGGAUAGUUGCUUCCCAGAUAUUGUUGAAUUCGCUGACUUCGAUAUAAUCAAGGGUGCACACGGCAAUGUUCAGCGUAUUCAUGUUCUGGGAUUCUUAUGAGAAUGUGGUCAGAUUCUCAGAAGAGGCGCGCGUGCGGAGAAUAUGCGGCUUGACCACUUGAUAACCCACGGACACCAUGCAUGAGUGCAUCGCGAAGGCUUGGCGGGCUCGUCACAGU